GUUUUAUACUCAAAAAUGGCAGACAAAAGAACCAAAAAGAGAAACUUCUCAGAGUCGGAGAUCGAGACGCUGGUUGGUGAGGUGGAGUCCAGGAAAAACGUUUUGUUCGGGAGUCAUGGCACUGGGGUGACAAAUAAAAAAAAGUGCAGCGAGUGGCAACAGGUUGCUGCAGCAGUUAAUACGGUGAGUGGGACGGAGAGGACGGUGCCAGAGCUAAAAAAGAAGUGGUCCGAUUUAAAGGUAGAGGCUAAAAGGAGGAUCGCUACCCACCGCCAGAGCGUGACUGCAACAGGAGGGGGUACGGGCACCCCCGAGCUCACACCGCUGGAGGACAGAAUGGCCUCAAUCCUCGGGGUUGCCAGUGUCUGUGGCAUAGUGUCGGAGAGGGAGGGAGACACAGACAUGGCACAGGCUACGGAUGAACCAGAAUUGGAGGUUCCCGGUGGGGAGGCUCCCGGCGGGGAGGCUGCCGGCGUGGAGGCCCGAGGUGCGAGGCCUGUGCGCACAGACCAUGCCGGCACAAGUGAGCCCCGCGCACAUGGCGCGUCUGGCCGCGUGCUCACCGACGCUGUUCUGCAGUCACAGAGACACAAUUAG